AUGGCGGCCGCGCUCCUUCGCGUGGUCGUACUGCUGCUGCUGCCGCUACCGUCGUCGGCAGCGCCUGGUGGGAGGCAGCUAAUCACUGUGAGCUGCCCGCCCCUUCGGGGCUCCCUUCAUGCGGAAUGGGGCUGCCCGGAAGGCCAGCUGGGGCCGGAGCUCCUCGCCGACCCGGGCUUUCUCGGGGCAAGCGGAGCCUGGACGACUUACCUCAAGGAGCCAGACGGAGCUAGCUUCAGCUUUACCGGAAACGGCGUGGCCGUCGAUGCAGUGGCGGAUGAUGAUGAAACACCUUGGCACGUGCAGCUGACGCAGCCAGUCUCUUUGGACCAAGGUGGUGCUACGGAAUCCUUUUACAGCCUCUGCAUCCAGGCAUCUUCGAUGCAGGCCGGUAAAAUACAGUUCGCUGUGGAUGCGGACGGCGCGCUGAACUUUGCGGUGGCCGGUGGCGGGGUGCGUGCCCAGAUGCGCUUAGCAGGCGAUGGCCGCCUCAGGAAUCAUUGCUUCAGCUUCCGCUUGGGGCCGUCGGAGUUUGUGUACCAAGGGCGAGUUGCCUUGGACUUGGGUGCCGUGAAGGAUGUCGAGGUGUGCCAUGCCUCGCUGAAGCGCUGUACGUCGCGCCCCAGUGUGGUCGCCUUAGUUGGGGACAGUGUUUCGGGACUAACGGAUUUGGAGUCAGGUGGCUGCCAUUAUGCCAGUGCGGCGGUGUUAUCUCGCACCGCUCUCGGAGGGGCUGGGCUGCACUUUGCUGGACCGCCAGGGCGGCGCAACUUUCCAGAGGCAUGGUCAGGCUGCUCGUCCCGCAAGACUUUGCUUGGUGUUGAGCAGGUGCCUGCGUUCUCGGACCUGCACAUGUUUAGUGGACCUUGCUCGCAGGAAACGACUGCGAAGCGGGCGUGUCUACAGGAGAUGCGGGCCCUCGCAGGUGUUACCGGAAUCAACUUUGGAUGUUUGAUGUUGCUCUUGCGAAACCGAUUACCGAAGAAAGCGUUCCUUGACGGGUUGAGUGCCUCUCAGCAGAGUGUCAUCGGCAGUGUGGAAGUAUUGUACACGCGAGUCGCAGGCAACACCUUCGUCUACUCGAUCGGGCACUGUGAAAUCUGGCGUUGUUCCUCCAGGGCUGCAUUGGUCGAAGCAGCAAUGAGCUACGACUCCAAGGUCGCGUGCUGA